AUGGAAGUUCGCGAACUCGAAGGGAAAGAGAAGCUCGUUGAAGUAUUGCAGCUGGUCGAUGCUCUUGCCAAAGAUGUGAAAUCAAAUAAGCUUCAGUCUUCCCGGCUCAUCGAGAUUCUCCAGCAGCUGCGAGUUCAUGGGCGCAAUCCACUAAAUGCAGACGCCAUAUAUUCGAGAGAGGGGAUAAGAAUACUGGCCCAUUAUGGCUUCGAGGGACGAUCGCCGGCGAUAUCGCGCGAAGCUCUCCGCUGUCUUGCAAACGCCCUUCUCCUUGAAAAAGACAUGCGGCAGAUCUUCGUGGACCUAGGUCAUGGACCUGACGUCGCAGAGAAGCUCAAGGAAGAAAAUUCCGACGAUGAAUUUCUAGCGUCACGUUUACUCUUCUUAUCCACCUAUGACUCUAACUUGGAUUUCGAUAAAUUAUUUGAGAACAAUGCUCUGGGUGAAAGCAUCAAUAACCACAUAUAUCGACAUUCGAAACGAUUCUCUAAAGCGAAAAAGAAGAAGCUUGAUAAAAUGGACGAGCUUGCGCUCUCAGAAACAUUGAAACUCAUGUUCAACAUCACCAACUUCUAUCCCCACAGAGGCGAUACAUUUUCCAUCUCUAUUCCUCACAUCCUCAAGAUUCUGAGCCGCAUAGAAAUUCCAACCCCACCACUACAGGCUCCCGUGAACUAUCUCAUCAAUUCCCUUCUUAAUCUUGAUCUCGAAGCAAAGAAAAGCAAACACUUCGGAACAAAUCCACUCUUUCCCAAAUUUGACCAAAACUGCAACGUGGACAAGAUGAUAAAUAUCCUCGACCAAGCUGUCGCGAUGCAUAAACCCGAACACCUCGAAACACUAGCCGUUCCCCUCCUCACAUUAUUACGAAAAAUCUACUCCUUUGCUCCCGAAGGUCCGCGAAAAUAUAUGGAAUGGCUCCUCCUGCCAGAAGACGACGACCACGACCUCCCCAUUGGCCAAUCGAAUACGCUUUCCUCGCGACUCCUGCGCCUGUCGACUUCCCCCGUAGCCCCGAGUCUGCGUGAAGGGAUAUCGGCGUUGAUGUUUGAGCUUUCAGGUAGCGAUGCGACCGAUUUCGUGAGAAACGUAGGCUACGGAUUUGCAGCUGGCUUCCUAAUGUCUCAUGAUAUGCCUGUUCCAGAGACGGCAAAAGAAGCAUUCAGUUCCAAUACAUCCAGAGGCGGUGAGCUUAAUCCGAACGUGAAUCCUAUUACAGGUCAGAGAUGGGAUGCAGAGCCGCGGGAUACGGGCCCGGAGAUGUCGCAGGAGGAAAAGGAGCGUGAGGCGGAAAGAUUAUUUGUUCUUUUUGAAAGACUACGAGCAACCGGCGUGGUUGAUGUCGAGAACCGCGUCCGGACAGCUCUUGAACAAGGACGAUUUGAAGAAUUGGAAUAA